GCCAAGUCAGGGUCACACGUGUUUUUCGUUUGAUAAGAUAUUAGUGAAUUUAAAAUGGAGCCGGUGAAUUUAAUGGCUAUGAAUACAAGUGAUUUAAAAGUAUUCUUAGAUUCUUUUGAUCAUGUAUUCUCCGAUUGUGACGGUGUAAUUUGGGCAAAGACACCUUUACCUGGAGCUGGUGAGUUCUUCGAACGUAUGCAGCAAUUGGGAAAAACCGUUCACUUCGUUUCUAACAACAGUUUGAGAACUCGACAAAACUAUGAAGAUUUAUUUACGGCUGCCAAUAUCAAUCAAGGAUUUGAGAAACUGACAGUGCCAUCUACCGCUAUAGCUGAAUACUUGAAAUCGAUUAACUUUAAUAAAACAGUAUUCUGUGUCACUUGUCCUGAGACAAUGAGUGUGUUACAGUCUUAUGGAUUCACUUGUAAAUAUGGGCCCGAAGUCGGUUCGGAACUUUACACAAACUACAUUCAAUAUUUGGAAGACGACGAGGACGUGGGUGCUGUGGUAUUCGACAGUGAUUUCAACGUGAACCUGCCCAAAAUGUACCGCGCUAUUACAUACCUCGCCAGACCGGAUGUGCUUUUUAUCAGUGGAGCAACGGAUCGAUACGUACCUUUGAAGCCCGGAAGCUUAUCUUUAGGCACGGGUGUAUUUACUGACAUCGUAAGUGAAGAGACGAAACGCGAGCCCACACUGUUCGGUAAACCAGGCAAAUUAUUCGGGGAAUUCGCAAUGAAACGCGCUGCCGUUACUGAUCCGAGUAGAGUACUAUUUAUUGGGGAUAUGAUUGAACAAGAUGUCGGUUUGGGCAGAGCGACUGGUUUUAAAACUUUGUUAGUGCUAACAAACAAUACUUACGAAGACAUGAUGGCGCAUCAAAGCUUGAAACCUGAUUACUACGCGGAUUCCUUAGGCAGUUUAGUUCCUGUACUUAAUAAAGUGUGAUAAGAUGAAUAAAACUAUUGUCGUUAUAAACUGUAUAGGAAAAAAUGUUAGUAUUAUGAGAAAUAAUUGAUUUUUAUUGUGUGGUCACAAAGCUUAUGAUAUGGAAGAGUUACUUUAUGAAAGCUUUAAUUUAGUAAAUUUUUGUGGUAUUGUUGAUGUUAUUGAUUAUUG